AGUUUGUAUGAAAGAAAAUGUUGACCAAAUGAGCAGGAUUUCAGCGCAGACCUGGCAACCCUGAUGUGCUGGUGUAAACAGGAAGUGCUGCUGCUGAGUCCAGCACGGAAGCUUCAUCACCUUUUCUCCUUGUCAAUGAGGUGAACCUGUGUAGAGAGGGAUCAUGGGAAAGAGCUGUAAGGUGGUGGUGUGUGGCCAGGCGUCUGUGGGAAAGACGGCCAUCCUCGAACAGUUACUGUACGGAAAUCAUGUUGCUGGUUCUGAGCCCAUGGAGACGCUGGAGGACAUCUACAUCGGCUCGGUGGAGACGGACCGAGGCACACGGGAGCAGGUGCGUUUCUACGACACACGUGGGUUGCGUGACGGCGUCGAGUUCCCACGCCAUUACUUCGGGUUCGCUGACGGCUUUGUGCUGGUCUACAGCAUCGACAGUAAAGAGUCCUUCAAGCGCAUGGAGGCUCUGAAGAAAGAGAUCGACCGCUGCCGUGACAAGAAAGAGGUGACGAUCGUGGUUUUGGGGAAUAAGCUGGACAUGGCUGAGCAGAGGAGAGUGGACAGUGAUGCAGCUCAGCAGUGGGCUCGUCAGGAGAAAGUCCGACUCUGGGAGGUUUCGGUGACCGACAGGCGCUCCCUCAUCGAGCCCUUUGUCCACCUGGCCAGCAAGAUGACCCAGCCUCAGAGCAAGUCCACCUUCCCUCUGAGCCGUAACAAGAACAAGAGCAGCGGCUCUCAGGAUGGCUAGGCGAGGAGGAAGGGAACGAAGAGGUGCAGAGACGGAGGAGACGAUACACUGGACAUGAAGAAGUGACUGAAGUUUUCACAAAUACCUUUCACAUGAAAGACUGAAUGCUAGCUUGAUUAAUAUGGGUUUAUUUUAUGCAUAUUAUUGUUUUUAUUUUCCGUAGAAAUAGUGAAGGACAGGAAUGUUUAGGGCUUCGUUUAUCAUGCUGCAAAAAAGACACACAUUUGAACCAAAUCAGAGAUUCUCGUUUGAAGUUACUGAUUUCACAAUCAUGCUACUGCUCGCUCUGAGGUUUAUGUGUGCCUCUUCCUGACAUUCCUUUAUCUUAAAAAUAUACAUACUGUAUAUAUUUCCUCUGCCUGUGUCCUUAUACAUGGUAUUAAAUGUUUUAUGAAGGCAUGUCAUUAUUUUUGUUCAGCUAAUCUGACUUGAAGGCUUGUUACUGUAGAAAAUAGUGACGUUUCUCUCUCAGUGCUGUAUUUCUGUGUGUGUGUGUGUGAGAGAGAGGAGUUCAGAGCACAUACUUUGGCUAACAAAUUAAAACUCUGCAGUGCUGUAGCCCUUCAGGAUAUACGCAGUGCCUCUGUAUAGUGUCAUUUCCUGUCCAGAGACUACUUCAGAGAAUAAAGCACACACAUCAGCAUUCUUCCUGCAACACAACCUCAGUCCUUUUAAAGACUUAGAAAAGGAUAUGGAUAAAAUAUCUAUCUAUCUAUCUAUCUAUCUAUCUAUCUAUCUAUCUAUCUAUCUAUCUAUCUAUCUAUCUAUCUAUCUAUCUAUCUAUCUAUCUAUCUAUCUAUCUAUCUAUCUAUCUAUCUAUCUAUCUAUCUAUCUAUCUAUCUAUCUAUCUAUCUAUCUAUCUUUAAAAGGAAAAGACAGGAAAAGUAACUACAGAAUUAAAAACAUAUAUACAGGGUGCCUGAAAGGCCAGAGACCACUGAGACACAAACUACAUGCUGUAUAUUUCAUGUUAUUGCUAUUUAUUGUUUAAAGCCUAUGCUCUGCUUGUUCAUCCAUUUUCUCAGGCGUUGUGUCAUGUCUUUUUGUCCACAUUUUGCUCAAAAUGUUUCCCUGACUUUUCAGACCCUCUGUAUUUUAUUGUCCAAUCAGCUACUUGUUGCUGUAAUAAAGGAGCUAUAACUGUA